AUGAAGGAGCUUUAUUGCAUAAUAUUUGGCCCCCCCGUUCUCGGAUUGUUAUUUUCAGUUAUAGAAUGCAUAUCAAUAUCCAGGAUACAUAUUGGUGCAUCCGAUGAUAAGUUAGAUAAAGUUGAAAAUGGACAAGCCAAAAUUGAAAAAAUGAAGGAAAUUGCUUCUUAUAUUUCAGAAGGAGCAAAUUCCUUUUUAUCUAAGGAAUAUCAAUAUUUAAUAGUUUUUAUGAUAUUAUUUUCUGGAUUAUUAUCUUGGUUUAUUAAUUACUAUACCGCUAUAAGUUUUGCCAUAGGAUGUAUAACAUCUAUAAUAUGUGGUUAUAUUGGUAUGAAGAUUGCCGUUUAUGCUAACGUUAGAACUACAAGUGAAACAUGGAAAAGUUUAGAUAAGGGAUUCAAAGUUACAUUAAAUGCAGGAACAGUUAUGGGAUUUUCGUUAGUCUCUCUUAGUAUAAUAUCAUUAGGAGCAUUGAUUUUUGCAUAUAAAGCACAAUUUCAAUUCAGUGAUGAUCCAGCUUUGUAUAAAGCUAUAGCUGGAUUUGGAUUAGGAGGUUCAUCGAUUGCUUUAUUUUCAAGAGUCGGUGGUGGUAUAUAUACUAAGGCAGCUGAUGUCGGAGCAGAUUUGUCAGGAAAAAAUGAAUAUGGUAUACCAGAAGACGAUAUUAGAAACCCCGCAUGCAUAGCAGAUAAUGUUGGAGAUAAUGUUGGUGAUAUGGCUGGUAUGGGUGCUGAUUUAUUUGGUUCAUUAGCAGAAAGUUUAUGUGCAUCAUUGGUUAUAGGAUCAUCUGUAUUAAGCUUACCAGAGAAUAUGAAAUCUUUUGAUAUAAAUUAUUGCUUCAUGUUUCCAUUAUUUUUUUCUAGCGCUAGUAUUAUUAGUAGUAUGCUUACAUUUUUUUUGGUAACAAAAAUAGUUAGAGUUACUGGAAAAGAAGGAGUUGAAAGAACAUUAAAAUAUUUAUUAUUUAUAUCAACUAUAUUUCAAUCACUAACUAUUUUUGUCGUCGGACAAUAUUGCUUACCACCAGUUUUAGUAUAUGACGUAUUAAAACAAAUACCUAACUGGAAAAUUAUAGUUCCAGCUUUAGUUGGUUUGUGGUCUGGAUUAAUAAUUGGAUUUACUACAGAAUUUUAUACAUCUUAUUCAUUUAGACCAGUUCAAGAAAUUGCAAAUACACAAAAAAUAUCAGCCGCAACAGGAAUUAUUUAUGGUUUAUCACUUGGAUAUAAGAGUACAUUUAUUCCAAUUAUUUGUUUAAGUGGUGCUCUUGGUAUUUCUUAUGUUUUCUGCGAAGUUUAUGGAGUAGCAUUAGCCGCAGUAGGUAUGUUAAGUACAUUAUGUAUAUGCUUAACUAUUGAUGCAUAUGGACCAAUAUCAGAUAAUGCCGGUGGUAUUGCAGAAAUGGCUGGUUUACCAUCUGAAGUUAGAGAAAAAACUGAUAUCCUUGAUGCAGCAGGAAAUACAACAGCAGCUAUUGGAAAGGGAUUUGCUAUUGGAUCAGCCGCAUUAGUUGCUUUUGCCUUAUUUGGUGCAUACGCAAGUAGCGCAAAAGUACGACACGUUAAUAUAUUAAAUCCAUGGGUUAUUAUUGGUUUACUUAUUGGAUCUAUGUUACCAUACUUAUUUUCUGCAUUAACAAUGAAAUCAGUCGCAAUUGCAGCUAAUAGUGUUUUGAAUGAAUGCUUAGAACAAUUCCCAUUAAUCUUAGCAAAUAAACAAAAACCAGAUUAUGAUAAAUGUAUCAAAAUAUCAACUGAUGCAUCAUUAAGACAAAUGAUAUUACCAGGUUUAAUAUCUGUUACAUUUCCUUUAAUUAUUGGUAUGUUAAUGGGAAAAUAUGCAACAGCAGGAUUAUUAAUAGGUAUUAUUUUAUCAGGUAUACAACUAGCUUUUUCAUCAACCAACUCUGGUGGUGCUUGGGAUAAUGCAAAGAAAUAUAUUGAAUCCGGAGCUUUAGGAACAGACCAUUGCAAAGGUUCAAAUGCACAUAAAAAUUCAGUUAUUGGAGAUACUGUUGGUGAUCCCUUAAAAGAUACAUCUGGACCAUCCAUUAACAUUUUAAUUAAAUUGUCAGCAAUUACUUCACUUGUCUUCGCUGGGCUUAUUUCCAAUCAUUUUACUUCCAAAACUGGAGGCCCAAUAUGGUUGUAA